GCCAUUCUUACUAUGGAGAUGAACGCCAAAGAGCGUCAAGCAGACGUCCAAUCUGAACCAAACACCACAAAUGUGGAGAGCGAAGGUGCCAUUUCGAGGACCAGCGAUCCGCCUUCGAUAACCUUUUUCGACUUUCCGAAAAACGUCCAGAUAAAAAUCCUCAAGUACGCCGGGUUGCUGCGUCCAUGCGUGAUCAACAUUGCAUUCGAGAAAUUCCGCGCUAAGCAUGAUCGUGGCAUUUGCAGUGUAUCCAACCCUCUGUACAUCUCACAGAUGCCAUGGGGGAGAAGCUGGGUUGAUCCUUAUAGCCCAACAUGCGACCAUCCUCGACUACCCCUCGAGGUGUUUCUGGCAUCUCACACUGCACGGCAUGAGCUGGGAGUAUUAUUCUUUGCACAGAACCGCUUCAGCAUUUAUCUCCAUGGCAGAACGGAGUUCAAUCUCUUUCGUGACGCCACCGAAUGGGGUAUGCAACACAUCAGGCAUCUGCAUAUUGACCUAGGUCCCCGAGAAAAUCGCUUUCUCAAGUUAGCUGGUGGAGUCCACCGCACGACCAUGAAGAUGUGGCAGGGCUUCUGUCACAAUGCCAAGGAGAGAAUCUCUGGUCUCAAAAAUUUCAGCUUAAGGUGCAAGGUCAAAGACCUCGAGGUGGCUUCCAGACUAAUGUGCAUGAUGGACCCAUUCCCAGUCCUGACUCAGUGUGCUUUCCACCUCAACCAUUUGCAGGAUGACGAUAUUCGCCCGGUUAUAAAGAGAGCAGCUUGGAGGCUGACUGACAAUCUAGACAACAAGUCCCCAUUUCAAUUCCUGCUGCUUCCCAAGGAGGUACAGCUCUUGAUUCUCGAAAAACUUCUCAUUGGGCUUCCAGAUCCAUACCUACCUGGCUCGGAGCGCUUUGCUGGACUGGUGAGUUUUGUAAACCGCAAAUGCCAAAGAACUGCUGCUACCUUGCCUCUUGCUUGCUGUGGCACCUGCUCCCCUGUACGUACAAUGUGCUUCUGCCACGCUCGCCAGACGGCAUUUUCUACAAGCUGCUCCUGUUUUACCUCUCCUGUCCUCUAUUUUCUCAUCAGCCGGGAGGUUUAUGAGGACUGUCGCCGUGUAUUUUUCUCCAAGAACACAUUUACCUUGGUGGAAGAAGACCCCGACUCAAUCAUGCGCUCUCUCCACUACAUCCCCACGGAAUCUUUCAUGCAGAUUCGUCAUUUAUCAUUCAAGUUCCCCUUGAACUUUCGGGCGCAUAACAAAUCCCCCAGGCUUGAGGAGACCGCUUUUCUCUCUUGGUCCGUUCUGCGUCGCUUCGUCCGUGAACAUUUUGAUCUCCCACGCCUUUCCAUCAGCAUCGUAGAUCUCGGGGUGCAUAACGGGGCCAUUUCAAUCGUCUCGAGCCGAAACAAAUAUAUGCGUAAAAUGCUCAGGGCAUUUGCUGACUUACGAGGUCUUCUCGAUUUCCGAGUGUAUCUCGCAGAUGACGCUGCAUUUGAGAAGGAGUUGGAACGUGCCGUCACGGGACGAGUGAGCAUUGGAAGGUUUCGGCCUUAUAAAUUACCAUCGAUUGGGAACCGGGAAUUAUGAUCCUGCUUUCAUACAAUGCAUCAUAUUAGGCGUUGGUGUUGGUGGUUUUCAACAUAUCGCUACGGCUUCUGUUGCAUCCAUAUUUGUUUCUUUCCACCCUAUGCAAUCUCGGUUCCAUGUCACCACUUACUUACGGUUAUUUCGAGUGCCCAUCUUCCAUAUUACUGAUUGAAUACCUUCCCUCCCCUGCCCUGCCUUGCAUCGCGUUCACGUCUUCGCAGGGAAUUUGCCGGCUCGGCUGGGUGGAAAUAGCGCCUCGAGGCUUUCGGAGAUCUGGAUGAUUUUUCGAAUCUACACUAUGUACGAGUAGUAGUUAAUCACAAUUCAAG